GUGUUCGUUGGUUUCUUGUUAAAAGGAAAAGUAUUAAGGAGAUGAGUUUAAUUUUUAUCAGUCAGCUGCGAAGUCUGCCUUGCACCUCCACUUAAUCAUCUUGUUAGCAAGACGUUGACUUGAGCUCACAGAACUGUAAUCUGGUGACAAACUAAAACCGGCUACAAUUCUGGUGAAUCAAAAAAAAAAUUCAUAAUUACACUUGGAAAUCACAGUCAUUGAUGACUGAAUAUAUUCGUGUUGCUGAAACGCCAGUGACAGCUAACCUGUUUCCAACUUCCUGAAGUCGUCCAUCUGGAUGUUUUGCCCUCUGUAAAUCCUUCGACAUGAUCGUGCAGGUGUUUGUUCUGAUGUCAUCCUUCUCGAUGACGACGGCAUUCAGUAACGGUGUCUCCAUCGCCAACGGCCCGCAGGUGACAAAGAGUUUGUACUGUGGGCGGGAGUCUUUGCGCCGAAUGCCAAUUCAUCUGAACGUGACCAAGUGUCAAGGUUACUGUCACGCGAGAACGGAUGUCCAGGAUAAGUUCACCAUCAGCGUCAGCGACAACACCUACUGGGGCGGGACGAUAAACGUCACCAUUGCCGCAGCAGCAACCAGCGAUUACAUCAUCAAAGGUUUCGCAGUGAGCGCCAUCAACGAUAAGGGAACGGUGGUGGGUCUGUUCCAGGAAUCCAACGACACCACCGUUGCCAUUUGUCACCAGGGCAAGAAGGUGGAAGGGAACACCAUCUUCCACAGAAACGCAGAUCCCAACAGGAAGUCGAUCAAACUCCAGUGGCAAGGACCAUCCCAAAACUAUGAUGACAUCAAAUUCAGGGUGUGGAUCGUUCACAGCCAUGAUCAAAUCUUCUACCUAGAAUCUACCCCGAUUCACAGUCUACGCAAUGGGUCAAAGUUGGUGAACCUGCCAGAAACACUCAAGAAGCUGCUGGGCAGAGCUGCCCAGUUCAAGGACGACCGUCUUUCUGGAUGUCUUCGAGAACAGCUUCAUGGAUCGCCAGGUGCUGGGUUACCCGGACAACCUUGAUGAUCCCUUUGACCCCCUCAAGAGGCUUCCGCGGCCCCACGAGCUGAUUCCGCCUUCGCACAACGGAGGGCAAAAUGUCAAACAACUACAAGCACGACCACCGCAGACUGCAGCAUCAGGAAGAGACAGUCAGGAUCAGAACAGCCUCUCUGGGUCUUCAAAUCUUGCAUUUGAAGGACAGCUUGUUAAGACACCAGAAAAGCCAGUGAAAUCUUCAGAUAGUUCAGGAAAUUCCAAUGGUGUGGUUCCUGCAGCUGACCCCCAGAACAUUCCAGAAGCAUCGGAUGUCGCUAAAUCUGGUGACGUGAAGAUGGCCGACAAAGACCCCAUCAACAUCGUUAACCUCACAACCGUUGACACUUCAGGAAAGGACAUAACUGCGGCAGUUCCUUCCACUGGGACUGUUCCACUCGCAGACACUUUUACUGCAACCCCACUCCUUCAAAACACCACUUCCGAUGACGUCAACAUCCCCACCACCACCACCACAACCACCACCACAACCACAACCACCACCAUGACCAUCACCAGCACCACAACAGUUGUUCCCACAAAUACGACUUCUGCGGCCACCAUCAGCAGCAAAGCAGUGACUGGCGAUGAUAAGGUUGUCAUGGCAACGACCCAAAGUAAUGACACAACUAUGUCAGCAAUGACGACCUCCCCAAGCAUCAUGUUAAAUAACAACACCGACACUGAUGCCACUACAACAGCUGUAAGUACUGGCCAAGUCCCCCCACAACAACCUGCCAAUGUCUCAGGUACAGUGGGUCUCGUGUCCGACAUGAACUCUACUCAGCCGCUUCCCUAGGAGGAGGUCAAGCGGUUCUUCCAUCAUCCGAAGACAAUGGUGUAGCCACAAGAGAAAGAGGUCUGGGAUGCAGUCGGACCCAGCUACAGCAAAACAUUUAAAGAAGCUGAUUUGUAGAACAUCUUACAUUCGAUGUGAGGCUAAAGAAUAAAGACCACCGCCAUUGUC